AUGAAAAAAGUGGGACUGGAGAUGCACCAGAAGAACCUGUGCCCAAGAGAGGAGCUGUGUCUGCAGUUUGGAAGUAUUUAUGGUCAGAACUGGGGUGUGGCAUAUCCUGAUAGUAUCUGUGCCCUGAAGGAUUCAUCAGUAACCAUGUCCUGCUCCUACACAUAUCCCAAUGAUAAUACAGUUGAAAGAACUUUCUGGACAAAAGGUGAUGGUUAUGAUCCCCCUGAUUUGUCAGAAGACCCAGGUUAUAAAGGCAGGGUUCAUUACCUUGGAGAUAAACAGUCAGACUGUACCGUGCAACUGAUUCAUGUGACUCAGACAGAUUCAAGGAUGUAUCGAUUCAGAUUUAUUACAGAUAAGGACAAGUGGCUUGGUCAACCUGGAGUUCAACUGUCAGUUACAGACCUACAGGUGGAGACUCCAGAGAGAGUGAAGGAGGGUGAAACAGUCACUCUGAAAUGCAGAACCACCUGUUCUCUGAGUAACACACCAACCUUCAUCUGGUAUAAAAAUGGGCAUGAUUUAACAAGGAAAAACAUGAAAAACAAUGAACUCUCUCUCCAGUCAGUCAGCUCUGAGGAUAGCGGCAGUUAUAUGUGUGCUGUACAAGGUCAUGAGAAUCUUCCCUCUCCUGCUGUCACUCUCACUGUCAUAUAUCCUCCAAAGAAGACCACAGUGUCAGUCAGUCCCUCUGGUCAAAUAGUGGAGGGCAGUUCAGUGACUCUGACCUGCAGCAGUGAUGCUAAUCCACCAGCCACCUACACCUGGUUUAAGAAGAAUGGAACUGUCACUAUAGGAAAAGAAGAGACCUACAGGAUCAACAAGAUCAGCUCUGAGGACAGUGGAGAAUAUCACUGCAAGUCCAGUAAUCAACAUGGACAUCAGUAUUCAAAUGCUGUAUCUCUAAAUGUUUUAUAUCCUCCAAGAAAUACCACAGUGUCAGUCAAUGUCUCUGGUCAAAUAGUGGAGGGCAGUUCAGUGACUCUGACCUGCAGCAGUGAUGCUAAUCCACCAGCCACCUACACCUGGUUUAAGAAGAAUGGAACUGUCACUAUAGGAAAAGAAGAGACCUACAGGAUCAACAAGAUCAGCUCUGAGGACAGUGGAGAAUAUCACUGCAAGUCCAGUAAUCAACAUGGACAUCAGUAUUCAAAUACUGUAUCUCUAAAUGUUUUAUAUCCUCCAAGAAAUACCACAGUGUCAGUCAAUGUCUCUGGUCAAAUAGUGGAGGGCAGUUCAGUGACUCUGACCUGCAGCAGUGAUGCUAAUCCACCAGCCACCUACACCUGGUUUAAGAAGAAUGGAACUGUCACUAUAGGAAAAGAAGAGACCUACAGGAUCAACAAGAUCAGCUCUGAGGACAGUGGAGAAUAUCACUGCAAGUCCAGUAAUCAACAUGGACAUCAGUAUUCAAAUACUGUAUCUCUAAAUGUUUUAUAUCCUCCAAAGAAGACCACAGUGUCAGUCAGUCCCUCUGGUCAAAUAGUGGAGGGCAGUUCAGUGACUCUGACCUGCAGCAGUGAUGCUAAUCCACCAGCCACCUACACCUGGUUUAAGAAGAAUGGAACUGUCACUAUAGGAAAAGAAGAGACCUACAGGAUCAACAAGAUCAGCUCUGAGGACAGUGGAGAAUAUCACUGCAAGUCCAGUAAUCAACAUGGACAUCAGAAUUCAAAUACUGUAUCUCUAAAUGUUUUAUAUCCUCCAAAGAAGACCACAGUGUCAGUCAGUCCCUCUGGUCAAAUAGUGGAGGGCAGUUCAGUGACUCUGACCUGCAGCAGUGAUGCUAAUCCACCAGCCACCUACACCUGGUUUAAGAAGAAUGGAACUGUCACUAUAGGAAAAGAAGAGACCUACAGGAUCAACAAGAUCAGCUCUGAGGACAGUGGAGAAUAUCACUGCAAGUCCAGUAAUCAACAUGGACAUCAGUAUUCAAAUGCUGUAUCUCUGAAUGUUUUAUAUCCUCCAAGAAAUACCACAGUGUCAGUCAAUGCCUCUGGUGAAAUAGUGGCAGGCAGUUCAGUUACUCUGACCUGCAGUAGUGAUGCUAAUCCACCACCGAUAAACUACACCUGGUAUAAAGAGAAUGUAACUUCACCUGUAGGAUAUGGACAGAGUUACAUCAUCAACAACAUUCAGUCCAGUAACAGUGGACUGUACUACUGUGAGGCCCAGAAUAAACAUGGCUCUCAGAAAACCACUGCUGUACCAAUCACACUGAAAGGUAUGGAAACUGUCAUAGAUGUUGUCAUAUAA